GGCGAGCGAAGCUGGAGCGGCGGUGGCGGCGGCGCAGGGAGGCCGGGGCCGGGGCUGAGGCCGGGGCUGCGAGGCCCGUGGGGCGGCAGGCGGCGGCGGCGGCCCGGGGCCCGAGCGCGGAGGCGGGAGCGGCGGCCAUGGCCGAGAGCAUCAUAAUCCGUGUCCAGUCCCCAGAUGGGGUGAAGAGGAUCACGGCAACAAAGAGAGAAACAGCUGCAACAUUUUUGAAAAAGGUUGCAAAGGAGUUUGGCUUCCAAAAUAAUGGCUUCUCAGUUUACAUCAAUAGAAACAAGACUGGAGAGAUAACAGCAUCAUCUAACAAAUCCCUCAACUUGCUAAAAAUCAAGCACGGCGAUUUGUUGUUCCUGUUUCCCUCGAGCCUUGCUGGACCCUCAUCUGAAAUGGAGACAUCAACCACAUUGGGGUUAAAGGCCUUUGGAGCUCCCAAUGUGGUGGAAGAUGAGAUCGAUCAGUACCUUAGCAAACAGGAUGGGAAGAUUUACAGAAGCCGAGACCCACAGCUAUGCCGCCAUGGCCCGCUGGGGAAAUGUGUGCACUGCGUCCCUCUAGAGCCAUUCGAUGAAGACUACCUGAACCAUCUUGAGCCUCCUGUGAAGCAUAUGUCCUUCCAUGCCUACAUCCGAAAGCUGACCGGAGGGGCCGACAAGGGGAAGUUUGUUGCCCUGGAGAACAUCAGUUGCAAGAUUAAAUCAGGGUGCGAGGGUCACCUUCCCUGGCCAAAUGGAAUCUGUACUAAGUGCCAGCCAAGUGCCAUCACGCUGAACAGACAGAAAUACAGACACGUGGACAAUAUCAUGUUUGAGAAUCACACUGUCGCCGAUCGCUUCCUUGACUUCUGGAGAAAGACAGGGAACCAGCAUUUCGGGUACUUGUACGGACGGUACACGGAGCACAAGGACAUUCCCCUUGGCAUCAGGGCCGAAGUGGCUGCCAUUUACGAGCCUCCUCAGAUUGGCACACAGAACAGCUUGGAGCUUCUGGAAGAUCCGAAAGCUGAAGUGGUCGAUGAAAUUGCUGCUAAACUUGGCCUAAGGAAGGUUGGCUGGAUAUUCACAGAUCUCGUCUCAGAAGAUACCCGAAAGGGUACAGUUCGAUACAGCCGAAAUAAGGACACCUACUUUCUGAGUUCAGAGGAAUGCAUCACCGCAGGAGACUUCCAAAAUAAGCAUCCCAACAUAUGUCGACUCUCUCCAGAUGGACAUUUUGGAUCCAAGUUUGUUACUGCAGUGGCUACAGGUGGUCCCGACAACCAGGUCCACUUUGAAGGGUACCAGGUGUCCAAUCAGUGCAUGGCUCUGGUGCGUGACGAGUGCCUGCUGCCCUGCAAGGAUGCCCCUGAGCUCGGCUAUGCCAAGGAGUCCAGCAGCGAGCAGUACGUGCCUGAUGUGUUUUAUAAGGACAUAGACAAGUUUGGCAAUGAGAUCACCCAGCUGGCCCGCCCCCUGCCUGUGGAGUAUCUGAUCAUAGACAUCACAACGACUUUCCCCAAGGAUCCAGUUUACACUUUUUCUAUUUCGCAAAAUCCAUUUCCUAUUGAAAACCGGGAUGUAUUGGGUGAGACACAGGACUUCCAUAGUUUGGCCACCUAUUUGUCCCAGAAUACCUCGUCUGUGUUCUUGGAUACCAUCUCGGAUUUCCACCUCCUGCUGUUUCUGGUCACCAACGAGGUCAUGCCCCUGCAGGACAGCAUCAGCUUGCUGCUGGAGGCUGUGAGGACCAGAAACGAGGAGCUCGCCCAGACGUGGAAGAAAUCAGAGCAGUGGGCCACCAUUGAGCAGCUCUGCAGCACAGUUGGUGUACAGCUUCCAGGCCUCCACGAGUACGGCGCUGUCGGCUCCGCACACACCGCCACGGCUGCUAUGUGGGCCUGCCAGCACUGCACCUUCAUGAACCAGCCGGGCACGGGCCACUGCGAGAUGUGCAGCCUCCCUAGGACUUAGGCUCCGGCCCACUGUAGCCUGGAGCCUUGCGCGACAUGUUCCCUGUACAGCCCCACUGCAGGCAGCCCUGAAGGGGCGGGGGCUGGCUACCCUGGGGUCUCUGACCCACUGAAGCUUCUCAGCACCGUUCUUCCCUGGAGAGACGGAGCCACGGCUGGUGGUCUGCAGGCUGAAUACAGUCUCCAAACUGGAAAUGCAGAGCGGCCCCUCCCGAGAAGGUCCCACAUGCCUCACCCAGUUAUUGCAGCCCCACUGCAGUGGAAGGACCAAGCACCUCUAAGUCAUCACCUGGAAUUGGGGUGCAGGGCCAAGUCACUGCUGCCAUCCAGCUUUCUUCUUCCUUUUUGAUGCUUCCUAUACCCCCACCCCCACCCCCGUUUUUUGGGUUGGGAGCGCUUGGUUGCCUCUGUGUCCGGUUGUUCCAGGCAGAAGCCCUGCCUGUGGAGGCCGCUUUUCCUCUUGCAAUAGCCAUCGUCUGGUGGACACUCGAGUGGCCUCUUGUCUGCUUGAUCCACAGGUUAAUUUGCUGCCCACCCCUUUCCUCCUCACCUAACGUCCAGGUGGGAUUUUAGAGUCUGCAUUGGUUGUAAUAACAGUUAUCAGUAGUUCCUGCCCAGAAGACUUUUAUUUAUUUUUUUUAAGAUAAAAACUGCACCAAGGGCGGGGGGGGGUGAGAGUGACUAGUUCCCACUUCCUUCCUUCCUUUAGUGAAGCCCCUUGUGGGUGUGUUCAGGGUGGGUGAGUGUGGGUGGGGGUACUGUAGUCAGUUCUCUGAAGUAAACCUCAGUGCCUGAGAUUUUUCUACCAAGCCACACAGCUGUGACAGAUGUCAGCAUGGCAAGCUGAGCAGGAGCAGAGUGGUGGCUCUUGCCCAGCAGGCGGUCCCCCCAGAUGGCCCAGGUGGGUGAGCUGGGUGCCCAGGACUGGCUCUUCUGGUCCCCUGCCCCACGCAGUGCUCCUCUUCCCACUGCCUCGCCUAGCCCCUGGCCAUUGAGACGGGCCUUGGGGGAGGGCAUUAGGGGCCUGGCCUCUUGUGAGGGCACCUUGGGACCUCUGUGGGGCACUGACCAGUUAAUACUGUACUGACAGUGUGAGGUCUGGGCAGUCCAGAUCAGGGUCAUGGUGGGGUCUUACAUGUGUGGUCUCUGAGUUUUCUCUGUAGCUGGGCUGUGGCAUGGCCCUUCCCUCAGGGGAGUGUGGGCAUCUUGAUGCCUCUUUGCCUUAAUGACAGCUGAAUCUGAGCUGCACUGCGCCCAUGGGAAAGGCCGGCCCAGCCAAACUGCUUGGGGACUUCUCUGUCUGCCCCGGGGGUUCAGUCCUGUGACCUCGCUCAUCCUUGGCACUGUGGACAAAGAACACUUGCCUGUCAGGUUCUCAUGUGACCAGGGCUGUGGCUGGUUGUGCACCUGGCAUGGGACCGCAAGUGGAAGGCCCAGGCAGUUCAUCUGCUCCUGGGACUCAGGGCUGAUUGGCGAGGCCAGGAGAGGUGGGGAGCAGCCAGGCUGAAGUAGACUUCAGUGGCAGUCAUCUCCCUCCUGAAAGCUGCCCUGGCUGGAGCUUCACCCUCUGUCUCAUCUGGUCCCACAGAUCAGCCAUGAGACUGGAUGGCCUGGGUGCCCCGGGGCCCUUUGCUUACCUGUGUGUUCCAAGGACAUUCAUGCUAAUUCCGUUUCCCACCACCGGGCAGGCGCUGGGCAGCACAGACCUCUGGAGACCUCGCCGCCACCGCUGUCAACACCAGUUCCUCUUCCAUGCGCUGUCAUCUUUAUCCACCAAGCUAGUUUCCUUGUGUCCUCAGCCAAUGUUUUCCUCACCUUGAAGUUCUGGCAUCCACAUAACUCAUGUUUUCUUUUGUCUUAGCUAAAGAAAAAGCGUGAUUUCUCGGUUCUGA